AUGUCUGAAUCCAUCACAAUAGAUCAGUUUCACACCAGAUCAUUGGCAAAGGAGUUUAUGGAACAGGCAAGGCCUGACAGAGCAAUGGUGUGCUGGUACUCGAUAUUUGUCGUAAAAUGUUACAUAGACAAGCUUGAAGAAACCAAUGACGGAACAUGUCAUCCAAAGGAUGACGAAAGAAAUUCUUUAUAA